GCCUUGCUCUGGCCUCUCCAAUCGUUGCGAGCGGCUGCCGAGUGAAGAUCGACGGAGAUUCCGUUUUAGUCAUCAUAUUUACUUGAUUGCUGAAUUUACCCGGAUAGGACGUUCAGAAAUAUAAAAAGUACAUUGCAAAGUAACUGACGACGUUUCAACCGAAAAAAACCGUGUUACAUAAAGAGGAAAAACAUGUUUAAGAUAUUUACAAUCUACUUCAUUUUGGGACUUGGUCUGAAAUCGGCAAAUGCGCAGUUUUAUUUCCCCAAUGAGGCUAACCAAGUGCCCAACUAUGGACGCUGCAUAACGCCCAACCGGGAGCGCGCACUGUGCAUUCAUCUGGAGGACUGCAAGUAUUUGUAUGGAAUACUGACAACGACACCUCUGCUGGACGCGGAUAAGCUAUAUCUAAGUCGUAGCCAGUGUGGCUAUUUUAACCAGAAGGUUUUGAUCUGCUGUCCGGAUCGUUACCGGGACACCACGCCGGUAACUACAGUGCGACCUGCCACAAACAAGACAAGCACAAACCUAUUGCCGUUGCCGGGUCAGUGCGGUAAUAUAUUAUCGAACCGCAUUUAUGGCGGCGUGAAAACAAAAAUCGACGAAUUCCCCUGGAUGGCGCUGAUCGAGUACACCAAAGGCGGUGGCAACAAGGGUCACCAUUGCGGUGGCUCACUCAUCAGCACUCGCUACGUGGUAACUGCAUCGCAUUGUGUCAAUGGCAAAUCUCUGCCUGCCGAUUGGCGUCUAACGGGCGUGCGUUUGGGCGAGUGGGACACUGAAACGAAUCCGGAUUGUGAAGUUGAUGUGCGCGGCAUGAAGGAUUGUGCCCCUCCGCAUUUGGAUGUGCCAGUGGAGCGCACCAUACCGCAUCCAUCCUACGAUCCCAGCUCCAGGAAUCAACUCAAUGACAUUGCCCUGCUACGCAUGGAUCGCCAAAUCGAGUACACGGACUUCGUGCGUCCCAUUUGCCUGCCAUUGGACACGAAUCUGCGGUCGUCCACAUUCGAUGGUAUUUCAAUGGAUGUGGCUGGCUGGGGCAAGACGGAAGAGAAGUCGGCCAGCAACCUGAAGCUGAAAGCCGCCGUGGAUGGCUUCACUUUGUCGGAGUGCCAGUCCGUCUAUACUCGCCAGAACAUUGUUCUGGAGAAUACGCAAAUGUGCGCUGGCGGCAUGGAGGGCGUAGACUCGUGUCGCGGUGACUCUGGUGGUCCUCUCAUAGGUCUUGACACGAACAAAGUGAACACUUACUACUUUCUGGCUGGCGUAGUCUCAUUCGGACCCACACCCUGUGGCUUAAACGGCUGGCCAGGCGUUUACAGUCGAGUCGGAGCUUAUGUAGACUGGAUACAGUCUACACUGGAGCCUUAAAAAUAUUCCAAUAGUUUUAACUUAGUUGAGAUUAAAGAUGGCUUAGACCAUGUCAAACCAUACCCAAUUUUUUAAAUUAGCAAAAA